GAUGGAGCAGGACUUCGUGCUGGCGCUGCAGCUUCAGGAGCUGUGGGAAGCGGAGGAUGAGGAGGCGGCAGCUUCAGCAGCAGCAGCAGCAGCAGCAGCAGCAGCAGCAGCAGCGUGCCCUGAGGCCUCGCCCGACCCCUCGCCCCUCCGCCCGCUGUCGGUGGUGGAUGAGGCCUGGGAGCUGCUGGACCCCAGCCCCGACGUGCACGGCCUCUUCGUGCAGUUCAACGAGACGCUUUUCUGGGGGCGGCUGGCCGCCGUCGAGGUGUCGUGGAGCCCGCGCAUGACCCUCUGUGCUGGAGUGUGUAGAUAUGAAGGAAGAGGUGGAAUGUGUUCCAUUCGUCUAAGUGAGCCGCUCCUAAAGUUAAGACCAAGGAAGGAUCUUGUUGAGACACUGUUGCAUGAAAUGAUCCAUGCCCUGCUUUUUGUUACUAAUAAUGACAAAGAUCGUGAAUCUCAUGGACCAGAGUUUUGCAAACACAUGCGUCGCAUUAAUCGCUUGACUGGAGCCAAUGUCACAAUCUAUCAUACUUUUCAUGAUGAGGUGGAUUUGUACCGCCAGCACUGGUGGCGAUGCAAUGGCCCCUGUCAAAAUAGAAGACCUUACUUUGGAUAUGUGAAACGUUCAAUGAAUAGAGCACCCUCUGCACGAGACUUUUGGUGGGUUGAGCAUCAAGAGACUUGUGGAGGUACCUUCACAAAAGUGAAGGAGCCAGAGAACUUCUCUAAGAAAUCCAAGGAGAAAACUCAGCCAGCAAAACUUCCAAAUUCUGAAUCAACUAACAAAGACAAGACACAAAUGCAUGGUACUCAAGAUCUGAUGCCUUUUAGUGGAAAGGGAUAUCGGCUUGGAGGAGGAGACAGUGGACUCUCAGAAAAAUGCACAGAUUUCAGCAACAGUGUUAGAAACAGUGAAACACCUGCUUCACAGCAUCGUUCAGCAGUAAGGACAAUACCAAUCCCUAAAAAUGAGAUAAAAUUUGAAAAAUCACCCCGUAGUGGCAUCUUCUUUCCACACGAUACUGAUGAUGCCAGUGAGAAAAUCAACUUAGCUUCAACGCAUGAAUUUCCUAAACCAUCUGUUGCUAAUACAAAAGCUUACAAGAAUGUUAGUGGAUCACCUGUUAAAAUUGCUCAUGCUAGGGAAGGAAAAUCAAAACAAGGUUCUGCAAAUGGCAAGAGGGUGAUGCCGGUUUAUAACAGGCCAUCAAAACAAAUUUGUGUUGAGCGGACAACGGCAGCUCAGGUUGCAUCUGAGAAAAAAAGCUCAGAAUGUACUACGACACUGCAGUGGCCAAAAAUAGGAGACAAAGCUGCCUUUAAAAACUAUUUCAUUAAAAAAGGGAGUCCUGAUGUCACUUUAAGCAUAAAUACACCUAUGAAAACUCAGGCUGAAUCUAUAGUGUCCCCUGCAAGUUCCAGCAGUGCUGUAAGGCAGGAUAAAAAAGUCAGUUGUCCUGUUUGCCAGACUGAGGUUUUGGAGUCUAAAAUAAAUGAACACCUUGAUUCUUGUCUUGCAUAAAACCCUUCAGAAAGCUCUCUCAGAAGGAUAAACCAGGGCUGAAAACAUUGCUUAAGAACUACUUUGCUCAGGGUUUGCUUAGCUGUGGUUGCUUCCUCCUGUGCCUGUUCUGAACUGGAAUUUAAACUACGGUCAGCAUGCUGAACAACAAGUUUUGUGGAGUUGCACAAUCAGUGCUGACUAGGAAGCUAGCUGCUCCUUGUGUUCCAAAGGAUCAAAUGCUCAAGUUCUAUUAAGUGGAUGUUUGUGCAUUUAUAGGUGCACAAACAUAUGUAAUAGGUGGAUGUUCUUGGUGCAGAAUGUGGGUAAUACAAGAGAAGGUGGAUGCUUGCCAAACUAUGUAUUUUCAAGGCAGUUUUUAAAAUUAAAACUUUUAAAAUCCUGAUAAUUUAUCUUUGUUCUUAAGACCCCUCUGUUUUUUUGAGUGUUUUUGGCUAUUUCUAAAGUUAACCACCUAUAAUAUUUUAUUUACAGAAUUAUCCUGUUGACGGCAAUGUAAUGUGACAUAUUUUUUGAAUAGUAUAUUUUUUUAUAUAAGCCACAGUUACACUCUCAAGUGCUCCUUCUCAUCUGUGAUAUUUUUUAAAAGAUAGAGGAGGGUCAGAAUCUCAGAUGUGGUCUUUUGUCAAAGGUGGGAGAGGCACAGGCAUCAAAAGUAUAGCAAAGCAUCCAUUUAUGGUUAAUGGGUGGAUUGUAGCAGGAAAAGAGAAAAUCCAGAAGGGCAAAGAAGAAGGUGCUAAGAAAUCAAGCACAAGACACUUGGUAGAUGAGGAGAAGGCCCUACACUUAAGGGCUCAAUUAAAAAAA